AUGCUAUCUCUCCCGCUCAUUGAGCCCCGAGAUUCUCACCAUCUUUGGCUUACGCCCUCACAACGCUCUCGACGCACGUCGCACAACCACAGCCACGGUCAAGGCUCAAACCCCCGUAGAAAUGGCCAAUCUCGAACCUCCUUUAUUCCCUCCUCAUCCGAUUCCCUCACUGCCCUCAUGCUGGAAGAACGCGCUUUGCGAAUACGUAAACAAAACAUAGCGUCAUUUGGGUACUCAUGGAUCCGGCCCGCAGGUUAUCCAAAGACGAUGCAGGGAAUUCGCGAGGAGGAAGCGGAACGGGAGGAGGCCGCAAAUGCGGCGUUAGAAGGGGAGAUGGACUUUAUUGGGGAGGCAGGAUUGGAUGGCGGGGUGGCGGGAGUGGAUAUUGACGACCCGGAAGCAUUGGAAGGGAUGGAGAGGGAUUUGGACGAUGAUAUUCCGGAUGCUGACGGUGGGCUUGUGGAGGAGGGAGAGGAUGGGUUCGACGAGGACGAUUUGGAGGAUGAAGAUGAAGAGAUUUUGAUGGAGAGGGAUUUGGAUGAUGAUGUUCCGGAGGGGUUUGGGAUUGAUGAGGAAGACGAAGAUGAUGAAGUGGAUGAGCAUUUCGAUGACCAGCCUGAUCUGGAUGAGAAUAUUCCCUCAGGGUCAUUCAACGGAGAAGGCGAUACUAUGAUGGAGCGAGACUUGGAUGCGGAUAUUCCAGAGCAAGAGGAAGAUUUUAACGUACACGAGCAGGAGUGGGAGCAUACAGAUACCGAUGCCGACGAGGAGGCAGACGAGGAUGAGGAUGACGGAGACAGUUUCUCCAACUAUGCGCGCUACGAUAGUGUUGAUCGCCAUUUCAACCCGCCAGCACAUCGUCUUCGAUCAAGCAUCUCUCCACGAGUUGAAAAUUCACCUCCGCUGCCACCGCCCGUCACUCGUCACCGAGAAACAGAAGCACAGCGACUUUUCCUGGAUAGAUGGAGUGGUGGAGCUGGCGAUGAUGUCGAGGAUUCCAUGGCGGCUUUUCGAUCCAGCGGCAUGUCUGACCAGAAUUUGCGCAUCCCAAGAGCGCGAACCCGGAGACGGCGGUCGACGUUGUCGGAGGACUCUCUCAACAUGCCAUAA